AGAAGAAGGUUCUCUGCAGUCCGUGAGCAAAACACUCAGGGGCCUCUUCACCUCUACGAGCAGACCGACUGAGGGGCAGUCGCAGGAGCCCUGUCCUCCUCCCCUGUCGGACACAAUGACACCAGAAGAGAUCAAAGAGUGGGAAGAGGGCGAGAUGGACAAGCCGAUGGAAAUCGAUGAGAUACGAGUCGACCCCUCCCCUUUCCAGCUGGUGGAGAGAACGUCGUUGCACAAGACUCACACCUUAUUCUCACUGCUGGGGCUCAGUCAUGCCUAUGUGACCAGUAUCGGCAAACUGGUGGGUGUGGUGGCGCUGAAAGAGCUCCAGAAGGCCAUCGAGGGCUCCACGCGCUCCGGCGUCCGCCUCCGUCCUCCUCUCGCCAGCUUUCGCGACGUCAGCAACCACAAAUCUGUCUCUAAACCUCCUUCCUCCUCUCCCACUGCUCCUUCCUCUCCGACCUCCACCUCCCCUCCCUCGGCUCCGACUGUCCCCCUGCCUCCCUCCUCCUCUCCGCCUCUCCCCCACCAUGAGGGUGAGACGGAGGUGUGGAUUGAGGGCGUGACGGGGGAGGCGGAGGAAACGAGCAGCGAGGGGGGCGAGGGCAUUUUCUUCACAGCCAGUCGGAGUUGUAGCUUCGACAGCAACCUCAACCUCCCUCCUUCCUUCACUCCUCCCCCAGUACCUUUUUCUUCCACUCCUCCUCCUUCUCCUUCCUCCAUCCCUCUCUCCACCCUGAGGUCUCUUCAGGGACUCCUUGAUGGGGGUGAAGACAGCGAUGAUGAGCCAAUGGUUUAGAUUAGAUGAGCUUGACUGUUUUUUUU